GAACACGAGUGCUCGUGUCAGACAACGUUAUCCUUGGCUGCCAUGUUACACAGUAUCGCCUUGUCCAACAUACGGCUGCAAGAUCUCACCACCACAGACGAAGAUGAAAUCGCAUGUUUCACAAGAGAGGUAUGGCCUGGCGACGCGCAGGGGAGAAAGGAUGAGGACUGAUAUUGAUGGCUAAUCACUUUUGAGAUGGUCGAAUGAUUCCCCGCCAUCUGGCAUUCGCCGAUUGACCCAACGACGCUUUUCCGGGCAUCACAACAUCACACUACCACCACGGUACUCCGUCAUCUUACACAGAUUCAGACAGCAUCUUUCUAUGGUCUCGCCAUUGCCAUGCUCCUCACUUUGCAGCUUCGGCGACCCUCUCCUCUGAUGCCACGCUGACCAAACCGCGGUUCCCGGACUCCAGUCUUAAAUUACCAUCAGCGCAGGUCAUGAAACCACCUCAAAAGUUUCCACGCAUGGCCUCGCAUCGUUGGGCGACAGUACAGCGGUUUCCCUAGCUAGAUGAUGCGUUGUUUUCCCUGAAUCAUGGACACUCGGACAGACACGUCGUCGUUGGGCCGCUUUGGGGGACAAUGGGCAUUUCUCGCCGCCCCUUCACACCAUGGACAGGCAAGAUCCCUCCCUCAGUCUUCGAGCUACCUGCGCAGCGACCGUAGCAAUGUCUCCCCGUUGCUGCAAAUCCAGCAGUUCAACGCAUCACGAUCCAGUUUCUCUAGAAAUGCCCAAGCUCGAUCCGUUGGCAGCCACACCUCUACCACGAUCCCUUCUCAACCCGUCCUCCUUCGCGUUCAUUCUGCCGAUGCUUCGAUACAAAUCCAUCCCAGAAGUCGACCACCAAAACCCAGAAAGAUCAUGAGCAGAGACCGUGAGCUUCCGCCAGUACAAGAGUAUAGCAUACAAGGUAUUUUGGCUGCGAUCCAGGAAGAUAUUGAAGAAGACGUCAAUGCCAUAUCCGAAAUCCUCGGGAGAAGUAGGCUAGUUCUUGCCGAUCAACAUGAGAGCCACCUACCCCCGCAAGGGGAAAUCAUGGCUGUUAACAACCCUCUACAAGCCGUGGCGGAAGCCAGCUCCAGCAACGAGAGACUAGCGGCUACAGACGAUGUGCUCAUUCUGAGGGAGGAUGCAAGUCUCGUGGAUGGCAGUCACACCGGUUCAGCAGCCUAUGGGUUACUAGAGAGAGCGCAAGUCAACCCACGCACACGACACGGCAGGAUCGACGGUGCAGGGCAGCCUGCUACUGAGCUUAGGACCAGUUCCGUCCAUACCCGUCCCCCUCGAAUUGCGUCUGCAGAGAUAUCUCCAGCUGCACAAGACAAUGAUCACGCUAGGGUAUCUAUGGUCCCACAUCCUCACGCUCAUCCAUCUCGGCAAUUAUUCCCAAACCAGACACGUGAGAGCGGCGAGACCCAGGCCAGAACCACAAAUGCCGUCGUGUCCGAGACCUAUCUUUCUGCUGGAGCAAAUGCAGUCACCGUGUCAGAUCCGCCUAUAGUGUCUACUAAUGGUCGGCACUAUCCGCUGUACAGCUAUGAUUACAACGAGCUGUUUGAGGGUUCGUCCUUCCCGGUACACCCUCCUCGACCGAGUUUUCGGGAAAGAAUACGGUCGAUUAUCCCGACGGAGGAUGUAGCAGGACUUUUGUCAUGGGUCCAAGGUCACAAUGAUCGAGUGGUGACAGCAGAAUCCCAGCUGAGAGACAUUCUGGACAGACAAGAACGCAGACGACGACACCUUCACGAUGCUAGAAUUAGCCCUGAAGAUCCUGAUCGAGACCGAUAGCAAAUUUCAUCUAUCAACUAAUCUUGAUCAACACAGUCUUGGUCUCGAGGAAGUUGUUGAGACUCUGUCCCAGGCCUUCUCUGCCUACACCACUGCUCUUGAAGCCACCAAACGGCAUAUCUUUGGCAAGAGUCGGGCUGGUGCAGUUGACGGCCACGGUGCCUGCUUCCAGGACUUUGGCGAACCUCAUGGCCCUGCUGAUAUCCUUAGUAUACACUGCAGCAUACAGGCCGAAUUCGCUGUCAUUCGCUUUAGCGAUAACUUCUUCUUCUGUCUUGAAGGUGUUGAUGUUGACGACCGGGCCAAAGAUCUCUUCCUUCAUGAUGGCUGCAUCUUCAGGCGUCUGCAGAAAUACAGUUGGCUCGAUAAAGUAACCCUUGGAAGCUCCCCCUGAGAGACCUCCAAUUUCUGCCGUCCCACCUAACGCAAGUUCACCGGAAUCUUUCCCUGCCGCAAGAUACUUCUGCACAGUAUCCCACUGAGCAGAAUCUGCCUGGGGUCCAUGGUUCGUUGUUGGAUCCAGAGGGUCACCUGCGGAGAUGUUGGCGAACUUGGCCUUGAAAAGCUCCACAAAUUUGUGCGCAAUGCUUUCUUCAACAUAGAUUCGACUGUUGGCCAUACACACUUGACCGCUGUUGAACUGAAUACUGUUCUGUGUGUCGGCGACUGCGCUCUCCAAGUCGCAAUCGGCGAACACGACGGCAGGCGUCUUACCACCCAGUUCGAGAACGACAUUCUUGAGAUUGGACUUGGCAGCAGCCGCCUGAAUCAAUCUACCGGUCCGACACGAUCCAGUGAAACUGAGUGCUCUCACGUCCAUGUGCGAAGAUAAGAUAGCUCCCGAUGUUUGGCCAUGGCCAGAGAUGACAUUGAUGACUCCAGGUGGAAAGCCAGCUUUCUCGAUCAAAGUUGCGACGUAGGCGGACUGAACGAGACGGUCAGCAAGACGACAUGUUGUGCAUACUGCCGCUGGAUUCCCAGCACAGGACCUUUCACUUACCGACAGUGGUGCUUUUUCACUGCUCUUCAAGACAACGGUAUUGCCUGCAGCAAUGGCUGGGGCUACCUUGUUUCCAAAAAAGACCAGUGGAAGGUUCCAAGGGAUGAUCGCGGCGACCACCCCGUACGGUUGCUUAAAUGUCAUGUUGACGAAACCAGGCGUGUUGAGGCUGCUGACGCCUUGCGCCUCAUAUCCUGCUUCAGCAUAGUGCUCAAAGGCGCCUGCACAAGCAUGGUUGUCAAAAUACGUUGACACUGGCCGGCCCAUGGACAUUGCCUCGAGUCGAGAUAGCUCCUUGCCGCUCUGGUGCAACAAAGCUCCCAAUUUCUUCAUGUAUGCUCCACGUUCGUCAGGAGACAAGGCCGACCAUGCAGGAAAUGCCGCCUUCGCAGCAGCAACUGCGGCAUCGGUGUCCUUUUCGCUGGCUUCAUGUACUGUUAUUGCAUUCUUAGAUAUGCUCAGUUGCAACAAUAGAUUACGACAAAAUCAAUGGCAUCAUGCUGAGCAUGACG